AUGAGAAGGCAUGCGGGAAGUGCUUUUAUAUUAUCUGAAGAAGACAGGCACAAGAUGGAUAAUAAUCUGAAACCCCUGCAAGAUAUAGUCUCCUCUAUGCUGCCUGACAAAAAUCCUGCAUUUAUUUUUAAAGAUUUGAACGUGGUAGAAGCAUUGCAGGAGUUUUGGGAGAAGAAAAGAAAUCAAGGAGCUGUCUUUAAGAAUGGAAGUCUCGUUGUGUAUGAGUCCGUGCCUUCUAUUCUUGCACCACAUGUCUGUUAUGUAACUCUGCCAGGAGGCAGCUGCUUUGGCAACUUCCAGUACUGUUCAACCAAAGCUGAUGCAAGACGAGACGCAGCCAGAGUGGCCCUAAUGAACUCUGUCUUCAAUGAACAGCCAUCUCGUAUAAUCACAGUGGAAUUUAUCAGGGAAAGCAUGGAGGAAGCCAUUGCCUCCGUCUGUGGCAGUUCAGAGGAUGCCAUGGAUCCAAACACAAGCAUUGGGACCUACUACCACAUGCUGCAGGCUAAUAAAGGAAAAUCUAUGUUGGAAUUUCAGGAAUUGAUGACUAUCUUUCAACUGUUACAUUGGAAUGGAAGCUUGAAAGUUCUGAGAGAAAGGAAGUGUUCCCGACAGGAUGUAAUUUCCUAUUACUCCAAGCAACCUUUGGAUGAUUGUUUGAGAAGUCAAAUGGCACUAGACUGGAUUUUGAAGGAAAAGAAGACACCAGGAAUUAUUUCUCAGGAGCUCCAGUCCGUCCUCAAAGAGCUGGAGAGAGCCAGGGGGAAAGGCCGUGAGCUGCGGUUCCACAAAGAAAGGAAAGAAAUUCUGAUGCUCUCACUCAGUCAGAUUGGGUCAAAAUCCAACUGUGAUCCAGUGUGUGACCAGACUUUAUGUGACCUUAAUUUGUCGGGUUUGUGCAACCAAACACAAUUCAUGCAGUACAGGAAUUUAUAA